UUUUUUAUUUGUUUACAAAUAUAUUAAGGCAUAUGAGCUAAAAAGAGUUAUGACAAUUACUGGAAAUUUUAUUGAUUGGCGAGAAGAAAGGAAAAUUCUAUCAACAAUUGAUUUUGUACACUGUCCGAUAGAAAAAUAUUUGUCUCAGACGAUUAUUUUACCGUCUCAGCGCGGCUCCAACUUUACAAAAAGAUAAUAAUUAUUAACUUAAAUGAUUCAUUUCCAUCAAAAUUUUGAGACAGAGAGGCAAAACAUUUUUAUUUCAACAUCGGUAUUUCUUGUUUUCUAACAUUGCUUUCAGCGCUACAUCUGUGUUUACAAAUGGAUAGCCACGUACAUUACUAUACUAACUUAUUGAGAUUCAUCAUAAACAAAUUUUCAACACUUUAAAGAGCGUCGACUUUAAAUAUCAUAUUUCAUCAUUAACUAGUUUUAUUAUCACUAUAAUAUAGACUUAAAUUUGAUAUUAAAAGGCAUUACAGGAUCAUAAAGUGUCUCGACAAAUUUUAUACACUAGCUUGUAACCAUAUAUUAAACUUUAAGUAUUUGGAUGCAUAAAAACACGGGUAUGGUUGUUAAGUUUCAUGAUAAAAGCAUUCAAAGCGUUCAAAAAAGGGAAAGGGGAAGAUACAAUGCUAGAAUUGCAAGAAACAGAUUACCAUGAAGAGAGAAAAGACAAUAGACUUGUAUUGACGAUAUAUAAAGAAGCCGUCCAAUAUAUUGCAAAGCUCGCCAUAGCACUGCUUGAUAUGGAAGGAAAGCAAAAAUUAUUUGACAUCGACAGUAAGUCACCCAAUUACAAUUAAAUUAUUUUUUCUUUAACAUGUCCACUGAACCUUUUCUUAUCAUUUUUGUCUUUAAUAUUUGUAGAUGUCAACAUUGCCUGCGCUCACAAGUAUGCCUACGAAGAAAGUAACUUUUUUCUCCAUACACAUCAUAGUGACAAAAUUGCAGCACAUAUCGAGUCAAUUAUCAGCUCUCUAUUUAGUGAAACUAACAUCCAACUCUUCUGUUGUGGAGAAGUACAAAAAAAAAGUAGAAGCGAAUACUUAAAAUUUUCAAGACAUUAUGUUAAUGAAAACUGCACAUCUAACAAUGAUUUUCUAAAAGAAGCUGUUCAAUUUCCACCACCAAUGGUAAAUGAAGAGGUAUCCGAGCUAGCCUUUCAACUAAAGUCAAUUCUAAGUAAAAUUAGACACGUGUUCGUCAUUUUUGAAUACCUUCUGUGAUCCUGUUCCUGAUUUCAAACACAGACUUUUGCUGCUCAAUCCAUCUCAAAAUACCUUCGUCAAUAUAAGAUACACUAAAACUACCAGUGCGUCAACCAUUGAGGAAGAAUUUCAAAAUGGUGAAGUAGUUAUUAAACAUUUGUUUUCAAUCAAUCGACAAUUUAUCUCGAAUAGUACCUCCAGAUUUAUAAAUGUGGUUGCAGCACCAAAUUUCCGAAAGUUAGAGAACAUCGACGUUUGUGCAAACUGUCAAUUGUUAGAUCAGUCAAUUUUCUCAGAUGACACAAAGGUUCAAAAUUUCCUUCUAUCUCUGGGAUUAACAAGAAAAGAUCUUGAUCAGAAAAGCAAAGAGCAGUACAUGAACAUAUUGGGACAAGCAAUGCGCUUCAUGGCCAGUAGAGAGAUUAUGAGCACUGUUCCAACAAUCAAAGAUGACAUCCAUGGGAAAAUAUGCACUGUUCUAUUGUCAUCUGAACAGUCAAAUAUUUUGUUUCACAAAUCUAAAAAGAAAAUUAUCGUCGGAUAUGUAAAUGAAUUUUUUUUUAUUUCAAGUGGCCAUAAAUCUAAUCUUUUUUUAAUUUGAUAGUUGAAAAACAACAUUGGGAAAAAUGGAAGAGAAUACUGUGAUAAUAAGACAUUGAUUAUGCAGUAUUCUUACAAUAAAUUGAACCUUAACUCUCCAUUUUCACGUUUUAAAGAAAUGCGCAGUACUUUUCUUGCGUACGUAGACAAUAAAAAAAAGGGGAGAUUAUCACUAUGACACUACAUAAUUUCGUAUCUACAAUAUUUUAAUCCUGUUUUUUUUUUGUCGUAUUAAUCUCAGGUAGUUUUAUACUACUUAUUUAAUAUAAUAUCACUUAUAUGAAAAAACAUUUUAGAAAACUUUGCAAAAUUAGCGAUUUGUUUCAUGCUUUGGAUUUUGAUGAAGGAGGAUUAUCACUAUGGCACUACGUAUCUUCAUUGCUACAAUAUUAUAAUCCUAUUUUUUGUCUUACAAUCUCACGUAGGCUUACACUACUUAUGUAAUAUAAUAUGACUUAUGGAAAAAGAGCUUAUAUUAAAUAAUCUUUUAGAAUAAAUAAAGGUCAAAAACUCUUUAUUUUAUUGGACGAUCAUCAAUAUCCUUCAAAUAUUGUGUACUAACUAUACUAUGAAAAUCAUCCUUAUAUGCCAACAGUAUGCAUUUUAGUAAUUGCUAUUCUAGUAUUAGAAAUCAGUUUACACACGCCUAAUGCCGUCACACAUGGUUAUUUUUCUAGUUUGGUAAUAAAUUUAAAUUUUUCAAGGAUUACUGAUGAUAGGGCGUCAAUUCUUGGAUUUAUUCACUGGGUAGAAAGAUUUUUAUUUUGUAUAAAAAAAUAAUUUUAAAAUGACGUCAUAUUUGUAAGUUUCUUACUUUAACGAUAAAGCAAAAAAUCUGUUUUCCUGAAAUAUCCAUUUUAAGUCAUUAAACUUUGUACAAGGUUAGAAUUUAUAAAUGUAAGUAAGGAAAACAAUAUUGAGAUUAGAAAUGACAAUAUUUUAGUGAAACGAUAUUUCCUUUAAAUCUGUUCUGUUUUUUAGCCUUGUGACCCAUAUAUCUUCUUGGCAUGCAAGUCAGCACAUUAUAAAAUUUACCAAAAAUAUACCCGUCCCAAAAUUUUGAUACCCCGCGCAAAGUAUGAAGAUCUUUCAAAUAGAAUUUUUCAUUACAAGUCCCAAUGAAGGUUAGAAAAAGUCACAAAAUUUCAGCACAUAAUCACAUGCCAACAAAACUUAUGCCCAGUCCAAGAGGCCGUCAGCACAUUGUACCCACCCCCCCUUCCCCUUUCCUCCUCUCCUUAAUGUGUACCAACGCAAUAUGUCUGCAACAAUGUAAUUACGCUAAACAGUGUAAAAACGAAGUAAUCUGUGACAAAAUGUGAACGCAUUUCAGCACAUAUUUUAUAACAUAUAUUGUUCUUAGAUAAGCAAAGAGAAAAAAAAAAUGGCCACCAAAGCAAAUUGGGAUAUUAUGAUAUCCUACCAUCAUGCGUCUGGGAAGGAGUACAUGAAAAGGAUUAAAGAGUCAUUAUUAAAACAGGGUUACUCUGUUUGGACUGAUGAAGAUCAUGUGUAUGGAGAUUUAGGUGCACGGAUGGCAGAAGGCGUUGCAGGAUCAGAGUUGAUCAUUCUUUUACUUUCAAAGGGAUAUGAAGAAUCUAAAAACUGUCAGAAAGAAUACAACUUGGCCUGUGCGCAACACAAGAAAAUUAUCUGUGUAAUAGUUGAGAAAGGUUAUAAACCUCCAGCAGACAAUGUGCUCAGUUUGAUCCUAGGCAAUAACAUGUACUACCAAUUAUACAGAGGUGAUGAAACAAUUUUUCAAAAUCUAUUAAAAGACAUCUCACAACAGCUAUUAGGAGAAGCUCCAGUAAAGACUGAGCCCAUUUUGAAUUUUUGGAUGUAUAAAGACAAAGAAGAAAAUAUCAUUGUUAAGUUUCAUAAUAAAAACUUAAAAACCGUUCAGAGAAUUACUAUACAACAGAACGGUAGUGAUACCAAGGUAGAACUGAAAGAAUCAUCUGACUUUUAUGAAGAAAUGAGAGACAAUAAGCUUGUAUUAACAAUAUAUAAGGCAGCUACCCGGUACAUCCUAAAACUUGUCAUAUCGUUGCUGGACAUUGAUGAAAAUAAAGAGAUUUUUGAAGUAGACAAUGUCAACAUUGCCUGCGCUCACAAGUAUUACAACAAAGAAAGUAAAUUUUCUCUCCAUACACAUAAUAGUGACAAAGUUGCAGCAUAUAUCAAGUCAUUUAUCAGCACCCCUGUUCUUGAAACUGACAUUCAGCUGCUCUAUUGUGGAGAAGUACAUGAAAAAAGUAGAAGCGAAUACUUAAGAUUUUCAAGAAAUUAUGUUAAUGAAAACUGCACAUCUAACAAUGAUUUUCUAAAAGAAGCUGUUCAAUUUCCACCACCAAUGGUAAAUGAAGAGAUUUCCAGCUUUGCAUUUCGACUAAAGUUAAUUCUCAGUGAAAUUAGGCACGUGUUUGUGAUUUUCACACAUUACAAUACCACGGACAAUCUGAAACUUCUAAAUUUUAAUACUUAUUGUGAUCAUGUUCCAGAUUAUAAACACAGACUUCUGCUGCUCCAUCCAUCUCAAAAUACCUUCGUCAACAUAAGAUACACUAAGACUACUAGUGCCACAAUUAUUCAGGAAGAAUUUCAAAAUGGUGAGGUAGAUAUCAAACAUUUGUUUGCAAUCAAUCGACAAUUUAUCUUGGAUAGUACAUCCAGAUUUAUAAAUGUUGUUGCUGCACCAAAUUUCCCAAAGUUAGAGAACAUCGACGUUUGUGCAAACUGUCAAUUGUUAGAUCAGUCUAUUUUCUCAGACGACUCAAAGGUUAGAACGUUUUUUGUGAAUCUCGAAUUAACAAGAAGAUAUCCUGAUAAUAAAAUUAAAGAACAAUAUAUGAACAUAUUGGGUCAAGCAAUGUGUUUUAUGGCUAGUAGGGAAACUAUGAACACUGUUCCAACAAUCAAAGAUGACAUUCAUGGGAAAAUAUGCACUGUCCUAUUGUCAUCUGAGCAGUCGAAUAUUUUGUUUAACGAAUCUAAAAAGAAAAUUAUCGUGGGACCAUUGGGAAGUGGUAAAUCGGUUCUUGCUUUAUCUCAUCUAAAACAUCUUUGCCAAUGUUGUGAAGGAAAAUGCAUAAUAUAUUAUGUUAUAUGGAGUGACAAAACAAUACUGCUGAAUGCGGUCGAAGAAUUCGUUUUAACAUUUCAAUGCAAUAAAAAUAUCACGUUGAAAGUAAAGAAUGCUAUUGAAUUAGCAAAAGAGCUCAAUCUCUCUAAACUUCCAACCUUAUCCCAAUUAUUACUGUUGUUGUUAAAGAAUCACGGUGGUAUGUCAUUUCAUUUUAUAAGUGACGAAGUUGAUGGAGCGAUGUUUGACAAACAAGAAGCUUUAUUGUUGAAGCAGAUUUUGGAAAGGGAAGAAGCUUUACAGAAUUCCAUAAUUGUGUUGUUUCUGCAAUCUUUGGAAAAGCACAGGAGAUUGGUUUCAUCUGGAGAAUCAAAAAGCCAUGAUAAAUACAAAUACGAAGAAGCUGGUAUGCGUGUGUUUUACCUCAAUAAAGCAAUGCGAACAACGAAGAAAAAUUUUAACUUCUUGGUACAAUUUGAGAAGAAAAUUUCCGGGAUUGAAUCAGUUAUCAAACAUCCUGUUCACGACAAAAAUCAUGAAACAUCAUCAGCAAAAUCUGGAACGACCAGCUCUACCAUUCAAGAAAAUUCAAAGCAGCGUAAAGUCUUAGAAAUAAAAAAUUCACAAGUGAAAUCAGGAGAAGAAAGUAAAAAGAUUUUUGAAGAACCAGUGGAUAUAGAGGAAAUUGCAGCUGUCUCAAAUUACCCAGGUGUUUCUGAAGAUGUGAAAACCUUGACCAAAGUGAAAUGCAACUCCGCCCAAGCAGUUGGACAUAACAUUGAAGGUAGAAAGCCAAUACUGAUACAUCUUAAUUAUGGAAAUGAAACAGAAGAAAAAAGUAUUGUCAUGUUAGCUCUCUCGUUGGAAUACUACCUAGAUCGUGUUAAUAUUAAACGAUUAUUUUUUCAUAAUACUGUGGAACAAAUGAUCACGUUUCGAAAAGUUUUGGAUUUGAUCGGAGAAGAUUAUUUUGUUUAUAACAAACAAACAGAAUGGAACAUCAUCGACAGAAGCAAUGUCGUUACCAAUCUUCCAAAAAACAAAGGUUAUGAUCUAAUUACUAAUGUAGAAGGUAGUAGAGGAACAGAAUUUUGUGAAACCGUAUGUUGUAUUGACAUAAAUGACACUAUGUUGCGACAUAAGACGUUAGAAGGCAUGUCCAGAGUAACUGAACGCCUGAUAAUUGUUUGCGCAUGUAACAUACAGUCUGCUGCUAUUAAUUCAUCAACUGGACAUAUCAUUAAAGAUCUGCUACCAGAGUACCUGAAUGAAGUUUCUGUGGAAUGUUGCAAAGAUUCAAAUGAAGAUUACAUUGAAACACAAGUUAAUGACAGAAAAUCGAUAGGUUAUGUGAAUACAAAUUCGUGCAGAUACAAAAGUCUCAUGGAACGGAUAAAGAAGAUCGAAUAUAAAAAGGAUGAAUCAGACACGCCUAAUUUCGCACAAAUCAUACGUAAAAAUUUCCAGCCUCCAACAAUUAACGUGAUCUGCAAUUUUUCAAACGACAAUUCCUGUACAAUUAAUUGGAAUGAGGAAGGAUAUCGUUGCGUAAUUGAAAUGGAAAACGACAGAUCUCAAUGGCAGAACAUAGAACAUAUCAUCACGUUUGGUGGAUGUGUUAUCAAUAAUUUAGUUAUUGGAAAUAAAUACAAGUUUCGUGUUUUGGCUAGUAACGACUCUGGUCAAGCUCAAAGUGUUGUAUCGUAUCGACAUGUAAAUACUCUUCCAUCAGGUCAUGUAGAUAAAUCUGUCACUUUUAAAGAUAUCGUGAAAAUUAUUAAAUCUAACGAUCUCGAGAAACUGAAAAAAUUACUAUCCAUUCAUCCAAACAUCGUUCACAUGAGAGAUGAACAUGAAUACACACCAUUGAUGUGGACAGUAUUUCACACCGACAAUACAUCAAUGGUGGAAAUACUCAUCUCAUAUGGGAGUGAUGUUUGGGCGGGAAAUAGAUGGAAAGAAAACAGUUAUCAUUACGCUGCAUAUCAUGAUCGUCACACAAGAUUAGAUAUGUUAUGUCGACAUGAUGUAACAAACAUCAACCGUGUAGAUGUUAACAACCGCACACCAUUACAUCGUGCUGCAGCGCUUGGUAACAUCUCAUGUGUUGAUGUUUUGUUACGUCAUGAAAAUAUUGAUGUGACGAUCGAAGAUGGAGCUGGAAGAACAGCUUAUGAUGUUGCUGGAAGAUUGAAGAAUGAACAAAAGCGGGAAAUAAUAAGACGAAAAAUAAAAGAAUACGAAGAUGGAAAGAGGAGAUAAAUGUCUCAGGAAAUUAAUAUGAAAAAAUAACAAUCGUUUCACCAGAUGAAGAAAAAAAAUUGCAGCUCGAAUUAUUUAUUUUAUUAUUGUACAUACAUUAUUUUUUAUUGUAUAUUUGAUUUCUAUGUAUUUAUUUGAUAUAUAUAUUUAUUUCAUACGGAUUAAUUUAAUUUGUAAGUAUAAAUCCAUGUUAUUUUUCUUUUAAACUAUAUCAACUAAUAAGAACAAGGAAGCUGGAUGUGGUUGAGAAAUAAAAACAAAUUUUGAGAAAUAGAAAGGCUGAAUAUUUACUGAUAUUCUUUUCACAACAAAUAUGAAGAAAUACAUCUUUCAGCGCAGAGAAAUUUUCGCAGAGUCAAUUGUUGUAGCUUUUCAAGUUUGUUUACUUUGCGAAAAAUUAUAGAAAUUACAUCUGAGCAUAAAGCCAAAUUACAUAGUUCUCAUAAAAUAACGUAUUUUCAGCAAGUGUACUGUGAAACAAAUUUUGUUUGAUGUAUUUUCGUAGCAUGGAUGGAUGCAUGUUUAAAGUCAUGUGGUUUUGUUACAGUCAACUAGUCUCGUUCUCAACACUCUUAAACUCUUGUGUCGUGAGAAAAACAAUGUUUCAUUCAGAAAAUGUAAAGCAUUAAUUAUCCUGCUGAAAAAUACAUUUUAUAUUUUACGGAAAGCAUUUUCUUGUGUAAGAAUAACAAAUCGUAAAAAUUUUAUUUAUUUAAAUACGGGGAAGUUUGCGGGACGUUAAAACUUGUAUUUGUAGGGAUUAAAAACUUCGAGGGAAAAGGCUUUAAAGUGUGUUGACGAUGAAGAAGACGAUAAUGAUGAUCCAUUUUUAACUGAUUUGUAAAAUAUCCAGAAAUAUCUGGGUUGAUAAUUGGAAAGUUGAAAUUUAUAAAAAAGAA